CCGGCCUCUUUGAUUAAUAAUGGAGGCUACAGACGUGGAUACUCCUGGUAAUGUGUUUUCCAUAAAUUUGAGAAUAUCGCUGACAAUUGAUGCAGGAACUGUGUUUUUAUGUGCAUUGCGAUGCAGUGUAUUGUUGCUGUGCGUAUGGCUGUCUUGCAGAAAUAAUACGACCACACUAGACAAUAACACAACUACUUCAGAUCGACAUUGUCUAACAGUAUUUGUGAAAACAUCAGUUUUGGGUCAUCAGAUAAACAGAAGCAAUGAACCAUUGUAUUUAAAUGAUAAACAAUAUUCGUUACACAAUACCUCUCCUCAAAUUUCAUUUAGUAGCAGUAAUAGUGCCAAACAUGGGGUUGAACAUGAAAGGUAUAUCGAUGCAACGGCUGCAGGAGACGGCAUACAAAGCAAUCAAACAAAUGGAAAGCACGAAAGAGUGAACUCUUCUUCUGAUGUUGAGCACGUGAAGGAAAAACAAACGUAUACGUACACCUGCAUAUAUGAUCGUAAAUUGAAUUAUGAUGAUGACUAUGGAAUAGAGAACACUACAACCUUUGAUGAUUGCCAAAAAGGAGAAGAAAACCAGUCUUAUAUUAGAUCGGAAGAAUUUAAGCCGAAUGGUACCGACAGAAGAACAUCAGAUGAAAGAGCAGACGUUUCGUUUAGUUCGACAGACAGUGGAAUUUUUAUACACAACAUCAGAGAAGAAAACAAGUCGACAGUCCUUGCUAGAGAUUGCACACGAUUUGACAAAGUAAAAGCAUCUGACAAAUCCUUAGAUUCAGCUGAGAGUGGAAUUUUCCUCAGUAUCAACACAAGAGAUGGACAUAGCGAUUCAAGCGAGUAUGAAAGAAGAGGACAGACCAAUUCUUCUAAAGAUUUUAGAAAUCCUUCUCAAGAUCAAAGAAUAUGCCAACUGGAUAAUGAAAGUAUUUCAAUUAGUCAAACGAUCGCUGAAAGGAACGUCGAACAUAAAUAUGAGUUUAACGAUACGCUCAUGUCUUGUACCACUGAGUGUGACCAGAAUCACAAGGAUGAUGGUAUCACAGAAGAAGAUGGUUUUGAAGAAACUAUUCCAAAAUCUCUCUAUAAGGUUCAACAGCCGAGAAAGACAUUGUCGGUGUACAGAAAAUCUGAAGACGUAUUUCAUUACGUUUCAAAGGACUCAGAAGAUGGUUUUGUUGGUCUUAUGUUAGGAUCUAUGGAAAAUGUUGAUCAGCCCGCUGUACCAACACGUGGGGGUACCCGACCUGAUUUGGCCAACACACUGGAUAGGUUACAGAAGGAAAGACCUAUGGACACAAACCGUAUUGACAUACCCUCUGAAAACAGAAAUAUCAAUAUCGACAGCCCAACGCAUGUCGGACUACACCACGGCUUGAAAACAUAUGACGAACAUAACCAAAAACCUAAGGAUAUGUCAUUUUGGCCGUUUAACAGCGACUGCAAAUACAACGAGGACGGCAUCUUUAGCAGGGAAUGCUCUUUAAUUGUCAAUCAAAGUUUACUUACACUAGACUCCAAUGGGAAUAAUCUCCCAAGGCAGACCCUUUCUUCUCACCACAGAUUAAACAGCAAACAACUCUCGCAUGUACUAACCCGAAGAAGACAAAGAAGAAUGCACAGAAAAGCACAUAAAGAAAACAUUCGCAUGGUUCUUUCAAAAUAUGAAAUGAAUAGAUUCUUUAAGAGCUUUACUUCUAGAUCAGAAGUCAAAAGGGUUUUUCCAUAUCGUAAAUGUUCAUUAAGAUACAACACAUCAGCAGAAAGAUUCACAGGAUUGUUGAAUAGAAGGAAUAAUGAAACGAUUGUAUCACCAUUUUUAAACCAGAAUGAAAUACCAAGACCGGACAUUUUUACGUCAGAUGAUGGGAACAGAGAGCGAUCACCUGCUGGUGACGUUUAUGAAUAUCCAAAUGGAGCAAUCGAUGCCAUUAGUGUUGCCACCGUCACCGAGUCUAUGCAGUAUGAGUGGGGGAGACUAAGGUCUUUCUGGUCUUUCCCUAUGGACAGUCCGAUAUUGCCAAUAACAUUGGCUAAAUAUGGAUUCUACUACACCGGAAGAAGAGAUGAAGUUGUUUGUUUUAGCUGCAAUGUUUCCCAUUCCAACUGGAGAAGGGGAGACUCUGUGUACGCAGUGCAUUACCAGAUGUCAAAGCGAUGUCGCUUCAUGAAUGGAGAAGACGUAGGAAAUAUACCUAUACAUGGACCCCUAUCCUGUCUGAGCCGCAGAGCGGGUGGAAGAGACGAUCCUUUGGUACGAAGCGCCGAGGAAACUGAAUUGGGAUCGAUACUUUCAACACCAGAGAGAGUAAUAUCGUUAUUUCUGGGUCAAGACCAAGCAAACCAGAUUGUAGCGCCACAACUAAAUCAGCCAUUACCGGAAGUACAAAAAGAUCAAACGGAAACAAAUGAUAGCUUACCAGUCGUCAAUAAUCCAAUCGAAACAAGGAACGGCACGGAAUGCGGUGGGGGAUCCAAAUUUUCUCUUACAGGAUUGCAGGCAGCGGCACCAUCCGGCGGUGCUUCCGUCUCCCGAGCAGCUUCAGUGUCUCCAGAAAGUACAAUAACAAUGUCGAGACCAAGUCAGACCCCAUCAGCCUCGCAACCAGCUUGUCUACAAACGCAUGCAUCCACAACCUCCCAUACCGCCUUGGGACCUCAUACAGCUACUUCUAAUGCCGCUACUCCGGCAGCCAACCGAUUACUGACUGGCCCUAACGCCUCACCAACAUCUAACCAAGUAGUCACUGCUCCUACUGGUAACCAAGCACUGACUGAUCAAACCUGUAAUCAGCCGCAGUCAAUGAAUCAGCAGCAUCCAACAACAUUUGCUCAGCGUCAGCAGCAACGACGUCUAGAACAACAAGAUCAACGCGAACAGCAGCAACCAGAACAAGGGCAAGCCGGUCCGGCGAUAGCGAACGGUGCUGCAAGAAACCUUAACAAUCAGGUAGUUACUGCAGCUAAGCCCCGAUAUCCUAACUACGCAGUUCUGGCGGUAAGGUCAGGUACCUUUAAUGGAUUUCCGAACCAUUUGGAUCAGACACCCUUACAGAUGGCCAGGGCGGGAUUCUUUUAUGCAGGUUUGUAAAAUCAUUUUAAAGCUUGAUUUUUGUUAGUAAAUGUUAAUAGCAAAAUUGUUAAAUGGCUAAUCCUACGUAAAAGCAAAUUGUGAUUUGCAAUUUGUUAUGUAAUUCACAAAAUGUGUACUGAGCAAUUGAUUAAUUACUGCAGAUAGAGCGGACGCAUAUUACUUAAAGGUCGUACAAAAGGGUAUAUUAUAUUUAGAGAUAACACCAGGUUGAAAUUAAAUGUGAAGGUAUAUCAUUUGCCAAUCUGUAUGGGAGGAUUCACUUGAAAUAUUUUUACGUAGCUGCUGCCUAUGCUUCGUUGUUGAAACCAUUGUUUUUCCCGUCAGUAGAAAGGGUUAUACUGAUGUUAUUCAAACAGGUUUGAUAUGAGCUCUCUACAUGUAAUAGCGGAUGCCACUGCACUCCGUCCCUCAGUCUGUCAGUGUGUCACUGUCCGCGACAUAUGUUAUGAACCCCAUCGCCUACAAGUAUCAAAUUUUACAUGUCAGAACGUAUUGGGAUUACAGAGUGUCACGUGCUUUAGUUAUACUGGGAUUACAGAGUGUCGCGUGCUUUAGUUAUUUCUUGUUCUCUACCAAUAAAUGGCCCUUUGUUCAUGAUCACUUCGAUCAGACAAUACAUGGUGUAAUCUGGUUUCUACCACAAUACGCUGUGU